CAUACCCUAGUACUUUAUCCAUUCACAAAAUUCGUCUUGUUUUAGAUUUUAGAUUUUUUUUUGGUUUCCAAAUUAUUGUUCAGCGUCAUGCAACGCAAGAGUCAGCUGGCUCAGGCAGCCGUCAAACAAAGGCCCACGCCCGAUAUCGGAUGCUUUCACAAGAAAGCGGAGCUGUUGGAGAUGCUGCCGCUGGUGCACAGUCUGUGGGAGAUGUUCAACAUGUUCGACCCCGCCGAUUCAACUGGCAUUCGAGUCGGCGAUGUGGGCCACUGCCUGCACGCCAUGGGACUAGCUCCAAUCCAAUUUUCGCUGCAUGCCAACAUGCCCCAGAGCUGCCAGAAUCGGCUUAGCUUCGAGAAUGUGCUGACGAUGUACUGCAAAAUGGCCAAUGUGGAUGGUGGACCCAAGGCCCCAGAAGUGCUGCGGGCCCUGCGGGCUUGGGAUGUGGAGCAACGCGGCAUCAUUCCGUACUCGGAGCUGCGCAAAAUGCUCACGACAAUUGCCGAGCCCAUCGACGCGAGCCAUGUCUUUGGCGUGCUCGAGUGCGUCACUGAUAUCGAGGGCAAUGUCCACUACGAGGACCUCGUGGCGAACAUGUAUGCCCACGAUGAGAAUGCCAAGGAGACGCUGCGCCAGGCGCACUGCUAUCUACAGGCCCUGGGCCGCAACGCCGUCGACGUGGACAUGGUGCUGCAUGACGAGUUCAUCGAUGAUCUGCGCGAGGCUGAUCCGGACCGCAGCGGCUACAUCGCGCACAGCAAGUUGCUAGAGCUGCUCAAUCGCAAUGAGAACUCCUUCACGGCGCGGGAGCUGGACAUCAUUACCGACACCACGAAGUCCAAUGCGAGAACCGAUAAGGGCAUCGACUAUCAUCGAUUUUUGCGCUACAUCAUGGACACAUAGUGGGGGCAGUGCACCGAGAAGGGUGACACUUACUCGGCAUAACAGUGCUGCCAAAUGGCAGAGAAACUGUUAUACGCUCAAUGGGCAGCACUUUGCGUAGAAUACAUGUGAAAUGUAGUAUGUAGAUAUAGGAAUGUACUGUAAACUAAAAUGUGGAAUAUAUUCCAGGCUCCGCUUUAGCUUAUCAUGUCGCCAGAUGGCGCUUUAGUGCCUCCAAGUGUAGAUCGUAUGUCAUUAAAUUGAAAUCUGUGUAGAGUCCACGAUAAGUAAGACAUAGAGAUGGACUGAAGCUGGUAUUCCCAUGCACGUAAGAAUCCAUUAAGAAUUACGAGUAAAUCUUUUUCUUAGUUGAUUUUUAAUUCCGCCCGCAUUCUAUUCGGAUGUUCCGCAUAGUAAAU